UUGAAAACUCUGAUGCCUCGUGUUUCUGAUCUAUUCUCUACAGAUUAAUCAAAUAGAAAAUCCUUCUUCACUUCAUUGUAAUCAAAAGGCAGCAAUUUCGCAUUCUUCCGAGGAUACCCAUUUCUCCAACAUUCAAAACAACAUAUCUUCUUUUUUUUUUUUUGGGGGGGGGUGUUUGUUCUUGUAUGUGUGUUUCUUCUGAUACAGAAAUGGGGGUUCCGGUGAUCAAAUUUCCAAUCUUUAUGGUAGUUAGAGGACUGGGAAUAGUAAUAACAGCUAUUCUUUUCGUAUGGACUGUUCAUUACAGAGGAGGAUUGGCUCUCAUCUCUGAUAACAAAGAUCUCAUCUUUAAUGUCCAUCCUGUUUUAAUGGUCAUUGGAUUAGUGCUCUUAAAUGGUGAAGCCAUGCUGGCAUACAAGACUGUUCCUGGGACAAAAAUCUUCAAAAAGUUAGUUCAUCUUACAGUUCAGUGUCUUGCUUUUAUCUUGAGUACUAUUGGUGUAUGGGCUGCUUUGAAGUUCCACAACGAUAAGGGCAUUGAAAACUUUUACAGUCUACACUCAUGGUUGGGCAUAGCUUGCCUUUUCUUAUUCGGCAUUCAGUGGGCUGCUGGAUUCGCAACUUUUUGGUACCCAGGUGGCUCAAGAAACAGCAGAGCUGCAUUGUUGCCCUGGCAUGUGUUCUUCGGGAUGUAUACGUACGCACUUGCUGUUGCUACUGCUACUACGGGUAUCUUAGAAAAGCUUACAUUUCUCCAAACAAACCGGGUAAUAUCACGCUACUCUACGGAGGCAUUGCUAGUGAACUCAUUGGGUAUUUUGAUUGUUGUGCUGGGUGGGUUUGUGAUUCUGGCCACACUCACUCCUGUGAAUGGCAAAAGUGAUGUCCACAGGGGACUAGUGGAAUGAAUAGGUUAUAGGUACAAUCUGUGUUUAUAUUUCCAGGGGAUUAAUGGAACCAGUAAUGAAACCUUAAAAACGACUAGUACAUGUUAAUCCUCUACUGGACUUUCGAGGUGUCGAUGGUUUAAUAUUUACUCUCUUUUCUCAGUGAUUUUCAUUUUCAA